ACCACUGGCGAUGGUUGUAAUUGGCGUAAUCACGCGCAAGCACACGCAUACAUCUAGCGCGCGUCGGUCAGCUGUUUCACCGCGGUUUCACGACAUCGGACCGGCAAUUAAUCGUACACUGCCGCACCACACCACAGUGAGCGAAGCGCGAGUGAUAAGAACGGGUGGAAAGAAAGUGUGUUAGAAGUUGUAGCGAGUGAAUCAAUUCCUGGGCGCAGUCUGGGUACACACGCGGACUGAAAUGAGGUCUCGGUAAAGCGAUGGAAAAUGUGCAGUUUGGAGAUCAGUGCAGUGCUUGUGUCUGUUUUGAAGCGUGUGCCCUCUAAUCCUUUAGUUCAUGCUGAUAUCACAUAAUAUUGAUCGAUCAAUCGCAGCAGCUAGUGAAAUGCUCAGUUUGUCACCUGCAAAGGAUGCAGCCCUUGCAGCAGCCCUAGUGCGAUAAAAAUGUGAUUUCUUCAAAAAAGUACCAUUUUCCAGUGCAACUCUUCUCACACGAUUAAACCCACCGAAAAGCACAAGUAAGCCAUGAGUUAGUUCGUUUGGUUUCACCGUAUUCGUGUCCGUAGGUUUUGUCAGACCGUCGCGUAUUACCCUCCCCGUUCUCGUAAGGGUAGCAGUUAAUCAUAGCCGCACAUCCGGUCGUUGUGUGCUCGCUCGCUGACGCGUUUCUUGCCUUGUGAGAUGCGAUUAUUCGCCAGCUAGCAGCGUUCUAAGCACAUGCAGUUUUGAUGGCGGAGCGAUCAGAAAGCUGGCUGCGUGUUUGUUUAGCAACCAAGUAUGUGCUGGGUGUAAGGGUGUGUGUGUCACCAAUCCGUGUUUAGUUUGUCUUAGAGAAAUGCAUGCAUGCAAGUGAAGAAUUGAAGUGUCUGUAUGUUUGUUUGCGUUUUUAAUUUCGUUAGCGCCGCAAGUGGGUUAGUAAUCUGUCAAUUAUACAAAUGAGUGAAAAUGUGUUAUUUCCGUAGUUGGUUCUUUGUGAUUAAAUAUUCUCUAAAAUAUAAAGCUUAGAGGAUAGAGUAAAUUUAAGCUAAAACAUAUCAUGCUGUGAGGAUAAAUCAAUAACAGCAAAAGUGAAGAUAAACAGAUUUAAAUAUACUCCUUGGAAGAAUCGCAACCAUCAAUUGUGACUUAUUCUUCUCCCGCUAAAUUGCCAGAUCGCAGGCAGCCUUUAACAAAUAUUUGACAAGUGCUUCGAAUCCCAGGCGUUAAAUUGUGUUCACUGCUGUUCACCUCAUUGCAACUGCGCCAACCGUUGCCGUUCAUACACCAGUCUUUAGGUUAUUGAAUUCAAUGUUCCUCAAAGUGAUUGAGUACUAAAUGCGUGAAGUGUGUGUUGGUGACUAGGAGCGAUUAAACAGUUGUAGUUUGUGCAAAAGAAAAUAUGAUUUAUUCAAGUGCAACAAGUGUGGUGUUGAAUAUAUUGAGAGUAAUUAUAAAAUAGAAAAAAAGUGCAUACAAUUGUAUCUAACUAAGCAGAAAAAAAGCUUUGUCAUGCCUACGUAGUUCCAAUUACGGUGUAUAUUGAUUAGAAUUAUCUGCUCAAAGCGUGCUGCUGCGCGUAUGUGUUUCCGAGUUCGACAUGGUGCGCGUCUGUGUAGUGCCGUCUAGUGUGAGCGUUUAAUUGUUCAUCGCGCUAAUGGAGUGUUUAUCAUUUUUCGUUGCCUUGUUUUGUCCUUGUUUUGUUUCGUUUUGUUUUUCCGUUGCCCGUUCGAUCCGUCCCGUCGCCCCGUGCCGUGCGUGUCAGUGCAUCGACGGCAGAGAAAAUGUUAGCUAUGCGUCGCGAAAGUGAACCCAUCUAUGGUAGUGCCAGUGCAACGACCAACUACAACAAUCUGCUGCAUCACCACGGGCAACACCAUAACGGUCACCAUCAGCAGGCGGUGCAGUCGCCGUCGGGACAGUCAGGACAGCUCACCAACGGUACUGCGGCCGAACCAUCGGUCAGAGUUCAUCCAGCCGAGAACGGCACACUCGGGGAGACCGAUCCCAGUGGGCUGGGUGCAUUCCAGGGACAUCACCAGCAGCAGCACCAACAGCACCAGCAGCAGCAACUGUUGCAGCAACAGCAACAACUAGCAGAUCAUCAGCAAACGUUGUCCCAUCAACACCAUCACCAUAGCCACCGGUCAGCGUUGUCCCCAGCAACGCCGGCCAGCUUUGGCGGAUUGCCCGGUCUCUGCAACGGGUCGUCAUCGUACGCCGGGUACACCAGCUUCGGAUUGAACUCUUCCAGUUCCGGACGGUCCACACACCCGGCGGCAUCCAGUCUCGACGAGUACGUCGACAUCCUGCAGGUCCAGCAGCUGCUGCUGGAGAACUCUUCCACUCCGUCCGGCUCCACGAGCAGCUCGACGGUGGCGAGCAUAACAACGGCAUCCGGUACCUCCACCACCACCACCACCUCCUCCUCAUCCUCCAACCCCUCCUCCUCCUCCUCCUCCACCUCCACCUCAUCCACAACCAUCCCUUCGACGGCGUCCCAACACAUCCCGCCGUUGUCCACCGUACCCUUCUUUGCGCCCUCGUCCGCUCCCUCCACCUCGACGGCGGCACUUCACGCAAAAAACCGUCCAAAAGUGAAUCUUCAGAAAGCGGCCGACUUUUCUGCGGCAGCGGCAGCGGCGGCGGCAGCAGCAGCGGCAGCGAACCAACUGCAAGGCGAUUCACCCUCCAAAAGACUGCUCUUUGAUUACCCGAGCCCAUAUUUGUAUGGUAAUUAUCAUCCGUCGCCGAGUGACGAUCUGGUCGCUUUAUGGUUUGGAAGUAACGGAACAGGUGGCGUUGCCCCUGGACCACCAGCAGCUGCCAUGAUCAUGGAAGGGCUAGAAACGUUGGUUGCGCCAUCGCAUCACACAUUCCUGCUGACCGAGUCGGCGGCCGCAGCACACUUCAACGUGCUGAGCUUCGAUACGUGCGGUCUGUUCAAGACCGGCACCACCACCACCUCGCUCGGGCUGAACAACAACAGCACGACGACACCGAACAACAAUCACCAUCACCACCUGUACCAUCCGUACCAUCACCAGACGGCCGUCAGCACUGCGACCGCACUCGCCCAUCAUCAGCCCCAUCAUCAUCAUCAUCAGCAUCAUUCGACAACCCAGCAUCAGCAGCAGCAGCAGCAGCAGCAGCAACAUCAGCACAAUUCAUCCGCCAGCACGAUCGUGUCAUCGUCGGCCGUCUCGUCGGCGAUCGCCAGCGCGGCCAGCUCGACCGCGAUCACUACGCACACGACCGCGACGACGAGUGUGACCCCGGCGUCCCAUACGUCGCACGGCCACAGCCACCAUCAUCCUAACCAUCCGCACCUGAGCCUGCUGAGUACGGGCGGCGGCGGUAGCACCAGCCACCACUCGAACGACAGCUCCACCCUGCACUCCGGCACCGGUGACGAUCAUUCGCAAUCGCAAACCGACGCACAGGCCGGCGAUCUCAACACACCCGUCACCACCUCCGGCGACAUUCCGUCGUUCUUCGGACCGUCGACGGUUGUGGAGCCACCACCGAUUACCGGAUCAAUCGAAUCGGACGAUCUCUCGCUGGAACCCCAGACGGUGUCCAGCCCGUGCGUUAGCCUGUGCAGUCCCACCAAGCAGGAGCGCAGCACACCGCAAUCGAUCGUCAACGAGGAAGAGGCUAGCAAUACCAGCAGCACCAACACCAUGUACCCGUCGUCCGGUGCUCAGCAGCAGCAGCAGCAGCAACAACAGCAGCAACAACAGCAGCAACAACAGCAACAUUCACUUCACGGCCAGAUACGUGUUGCCGGGCUGGCCAGCGUCACGGGUGGCGCCGACAUGCAGCACGGCAGCAACGACGGUGUCCAGUCGUCCGAUGCGAUCGAGAACAAGAUCGCCUACCGGGGCAUCUUCACGUCGAGCGGCAGCCCGAGCAUGGGCCUGCAGGCGGGCAACGUGAUGGCGGGCGCGGGUCAGAUGCCACCGACCGCCGGACUGGGCGGCUGGGCUUUGCCCAGCCCCGACAAGACCCUCUUCCAGGCGCCCAUGUUCGGACUGCUCGGACCGCAGGCGACCAGCGCGUCCCAGGGUGUGUCGGCCACCUCGUCCUCGAUCGGGCAGCACCAUCAGCACCACUACGGGGGGGACGAGCGAGGGCACACCGGGGCCGGCCACGGCGGCAGUCACGGUGCCGAACUGCUCGGCCUCAACAUGGACUGUGCGAGCAUCAUCCUUAAGCAGCCGCCGAGCUACAACAGCUGCGUCGGUUCACUCGACAUGCAGCAGGGCCAGGAUAUGCACGGGUACGGGCGGCCGGGCCAGGGCGCCGGGCUGGGACAGCAGAUGAGCCAGAAGUACCAGUGGCUGGACUCGCCGGUCGACCCGUACGUCGGCAGCCCGCAGCACGGUUCGGUCGUCCUGCCCGGACCCUCGUCCACGCCCAUCUCGGUGGGGCCGAUCAUUCCGAAGCAGGAGCCGUACUCGACGCCGAACGCCUGCACGUCCGACUCGAGCCAGCUCGGCGGGCUGACACCGGCCCAGGCCGCCCAGCAGGCCCAGUAUGCCGUCCAGCUGGCCGAGUACAAUCAGGCCACCAGCAAGGGGCACGAGAUCCUGUCCCAGGUCUACCAGCAGAGCACGAUGCCGCUCAAGCUGGUGCCGGUGAAGCCGCGCAAGUACCCGAACCGGCCGAGCAAGACGCCCGUGCACGAGCGCCCCUACGCCUGCCCGGUGGAGAACUGUGACCGACGGUUCUCGCGCUCGGACGAGCUGACCCGUCACAUCCGGAUCCACACCGGCCAGAAACCGUUCCAGUGUCGGAUCUGCAUGCGCUCGUUCAGCCGCUCCGACCACCUGACGACGCACAUCCGCACGCACACUGGGGAGAAGCCGUUCUCGUGCGACAUCUGUGGCCGCAAGUUUGCCCGCUCGGAUGAGAAGAAGCGCCACGCCAAGGUGCAUCUGAAGCAGCGCAUCAAGAAGGAGAAAAACUCGAGCAGCGGAGGCAACAGUGCCAACAGCAACAACAGUAGUGCGUCCGCCGCCCACCAUACCCACCACGCUCAGCAGCAGCAGCAGCAGCAGCAGCAACAACACCACCAUCAGCAGCAACAACAACACCAUCAGCAGCUCGGCCACCAUCAGGGACAUCCGGGGCUGCACGCGCACCACCUACUUACGCACGACGACCUCACCGGCAUUCCGAUCGUGUCGUCCUCGUCGAACCCGGCCAACAGCAGCUUGUAGACCGAGCUUUCGUCGAUCGAUAUUAUGCGAUUGAAUGAUCCCCAGAUCGAGCUAGUCCACGACGAUCCCUUCAUGGGCUACAUCAACGAAGAUACCACCGCCGAUGCCGAUGGCGACGAAGAGCAACCGCAACAACCGAUGGACACCGACAUCGACGAUCUGGACGAGGAGGAGCUGGAUGUGGGAGAAAACAGUCGAACGGAGGCUAUUUCUAGUAUUCAAAAAGUGCCCACCGCUCCCUCGGCCCGAACAGUGACGGUUCAUGCGUCGGUGGAACAGUCCUCUACCGCCACCACCACCGGCAGACAACCGUAUGUGAUUGUUUUACUGAUGGAGUAAGGUACAGGUACACCUUCAGCCACAGCCAGUAUACGAGAUGCAGCAUCCACUUCCGCUUUACUGCAGUGCCAUAGGUCGUGUUCGUCCGCCAUCUACCGCCAUCAUCACCGCAUCUUUGCCAAGCUCAAGGAUCGCAGCCACUUCACCGGAACAAAAAAUGCAAGUGAGAACAAUUCCAAACCGCACAAUACCGUUUGACGAAAUAGUAACUCAACAUCCGUACGCUCGUACGCAAAUGCAAUAGCGCAGUAUGAAUUAGCUGAAUUAGAACAACAGACAAAACUUUCCAAACAGAACAUUUUUGAUACAUCUCUACGUAGUUCAACGUAAGCGUUCAGAAGAUUACCGUUUGCACCACAAUCUCACACACUCACAGCAGUAUUUAAAUGUCAAUGCAACACACUUGCACCUUCAAUGUCUCUCCACACGGCACCAAAACAAACUCCGAUCACUUCGAACCUAACUCUGUCCGCAAAACGCCAAAACCGCCAAUGAUCGCAUGCGAAUUGCAAUGCCUUGGGCCGGUUCUUCGCGUUCCCGGGCUAUGUGUAUGUGUGAUUGAGAGUGUUAAGUGUUUUUCGCUCAUCACCAACAGCACCUCGUUGUAAUGAAUCUUACUUUCGUCAGUUGUGUACGGUUCCUCCAAAGGGUAUCAUCAUCCAUGAUUAAACGCAAAUCGCGGCAGCAUCGGGCCGCAGGGAACGAAAGGGGUCGUUGUAGUAGCCCUGUUUUUUGUUUUCUUAUCUCCUUAUAUCUCUUAGAAUACUGUGAUCUCAUUUUUUUGCGUGCAUAGAAGCCACAACGAAACAAAAGUAACAGAAGAGAGAAAACACGAAAAACUCAAAUCGAACAUCCUGACGGCAAAGGGGAGACAAAAAAAAUAUAAGAAAACUACACACAAAAAAAUCUAUAUAAAAAGAAAAAAAGUAAAACACGGAGCGGCCUCAGAGAGCAGAAUGGUAAAGGAAAAACAAACACACGAAGGGAACGAAAAAUCGAGCUAAGCUGCAUACUUUAAGUAUUGCCUUUCAGUAGGUAAUCUAACAAAUUGAUUAAAAUUUACAUACAACCUAAGGUCAACAUGGUGGUGUAGUCCUAAGCACACCGUUACGUUAGUAGGUAACAUGACGUUACAAACCUAUCAGUGUAAUUCCUCCCCUUUCUCCUCUCUUGCACCCCUUAAGCGCACCUAACAUGUGUCAGCGCGCGCGUGUGUGUGAGUGCAUGAAUGAAUGUGUCUCACUUGAAUCUUUCACAAUCGCACCCACUUUUUCCACAGGAUUUAGAUGCAUGUCAGGAGGUGAUGUUUAGCAUCUCCCUUCUUUCUUUCGUGUUUGAGCUAAGGAAAUUGCCGUCAGGAAAUUUACACAUACAAAAAAAAUCAUUUUUUAGAUGUUGAAUUGCUGUACCAUCAUUAUCAAAUCUUAGGCAUCUGGCUUGCGAAAUAAUUCUGAAAGAGAAGGUGCGCGUGCAACAAUUACAAUUUGCUCGUAGGACGAACUCUCUUUCAAGCACCGUUCCCAAGCAAGUCAAAAAGGGGGACUUUAUGAGAGGAAUGAAUAGUGAAUGAUCACACAGAGCGAUACCAGUAGGUAGGGAAGUAAGUGUAAGUGAAAAUUAUUUGUUAAGGCGUAAGGCAGAAAUCAGAUUUUAGACGUAAUAGAAGUGCAAGAUGUUAAGAUAAGAAAAUUACUUGCACGCAGAUCAGCAAGUAACUGAAGCUGAAAAUCAAUGUAGCUAGGAUGCAUUUGUUUUUCUUGUUAUCUAUAAUUCGAAAAGGGGAAAGAAUAUGAUUCUCAUAACUAAGCAGAUGAAGGAACGGAAAACAAUUCUAGAGUGUAGUAUUUAACAACAACAAAAAAACAAAUCUAAACGAAAUUGGGCUACAGAAAACAGGCAAUUGAAAUGCAACUAAAACCACUAGAUUAUGGAACUGAAAGAUACAAAACACAGGAACAGAAAAUUAUAUGCUUCUUGCUUCUUUCAGUAAUAUUGGUUUACACAACAAAAAAGGAUUCCCAUUGAUUGUUAGACAUCAGUUGGAUCAUUUUCGGAAGUGCGUUCCUUUUAUGUUUCGUUAAUUUGAUUAAGUUUAGCUUUAUACUUUCUGUAUAGUGUGUAUAGCGUGUAGCUGCUACUCGUCGCAUUUCGUGCAUCAUGUCGUUAACAUUACUAAUGAUUGUGUUUACUCAUCGCAACACACACACACACACGUGUAAACUAACGGAUCAGCCACCUACUGGAACACAAUCGCGCUGAUGUAAAACAAAUAGUGCUACUGUAGAACUCCAUAAACCGUGCAACUGUGCUGCCAUAUUAAGAUAUCCUUUACCACCAACAGAGUCACAGUGUAUCUGUGUUCUGUUUGUGUUUUUUUGUUGUUACAUUUUCCUUUGAUAUUCCUCUACUUAUCCCACCUUUUUUCUGUACUUUAAAUAGCUCAAGCUCUUUGUUUCCUUUUCUCAAUACCAUUUUCUACGAAACUUUUAUUCUUUUCUGUCCAGUGAAUGUACAUACCUGUGUAGCUUGUUAAUGUCAUAUGUGUGUCUGUUUUAUAUGUGUAUUUUUUUAUUUGUUUGCUGUACAUAACAGUUUAAUUGUAUUUGCCGUGUUGUCCGCCCAACGAAUGUAUGUUGCACCCUGUUUCUAACAGUGCCAUCCGUACCGAUCAAAGCCACGUGCGUUUGCGAUAAGGUGUAAUCGUGAUGCGUUUAUCCUAUCCAUCGUACGCCGUGCUUUGAGCUUAAGUCAUUAGGAGUCAGUACGCCACGCUGCAUAAACUAAAUCAUGCACUGUUAUGCAGUCAGCAAUGCUGAUCUAUCGUGAAAGUAUUUUGUUCUUGUCUCUCCUAUUCCGGACAUUAUGGAGCUAGUCGCGCUAAUACACGCUUGUUUUUCAUUCAUUUGUUUGCAUUUAUAAUACCUGGGGAUACAAUGCAACGCAAAGACUCAACUAGCACAGCAAGCUUUAGGUACUGUUUUUUUUUGUUCUGUCUGUAGUGUACGCAAAGGCGCCAAUUUACUAAUCUGUGGUAACGUUUGCACAAAUACACAAACAAAUACAAGCAAAGAUGAUACUAAGCGUAAUAUUAGUGGUAUAUUUUGAAAACAAUUUUAUUAAUUGCUUUAAUAAAUUAAACAUACAUCCUAGGAUUCAUAACGGCCAUGCAGCAUCAACAUAACUGUUGUAACUUUUGUUUUCCGUCUUCCUCUUUCGACCUAACCAUUACUAAACGAUGCUAAUGAAAAAUAGGUUUUUUUUUUGCAUUUUUGUGAACGGCUCUAGGCAGUAACGGUUCAAACUAUGAGUUGCUCUUUUUUACGUGUUUCGUGUCAAAUUUGUCUGUAUCUGUACGCUUUUCAUAUCAGUUUUGCUGAUUUCCAUCCCAUCGGAUUGUUGUGUAGAAUGUCAAUGCGUGGCAUAAACAAAAAACAUUUAUCUGUAGUACUUUUUUUUAUAAUUUAUAAUACUUACCUCGGCGGGGGUAUCGAGCGUAUAAGCGGAAGCGAAACUCAACAAACGAGUACGAAUGAAAACUAGCAAAGGAAAGAGCAAACACAUAUUUCUAAUAAAUAAAAAAAGAAUAAAAAUAAGAAUACAUUCCACAACUUGGGUUUUUUUUAUUUUGAUUGACUGAUAUGUUCCUUUCAUUUACUAUAUUUAUGUAUUGUUUAAGUAUGAUUUAAAAGGUUUGUAUAUGUUUCUUUUAUUUUGUUUGUUUUUUCAUCAUUUUUGUCAUCAUUUUUGUAACAUCCACCAGCACCAUACAUGUUUACCAAUUAGUAAACACUUACUAAAAUCAAAAGAAGCAAACUAUCAAGAAGCAGAAACAAACAAGAUCAAACUAAACCGAGUGGCUUGUAGCAUCCUUGCGUAUAGUGUCUCGUAGUAGAGAACGAUAAAUUUACAGGUGAAAAUGGCCUUAAAUUAUAUAAAAUGCAACUGCAACACUGUUUGGAUAGGCUAAGCCGGAUGUGCCGGAGAGAAGGAAGUAAACAAGACAAAAGCCAAACAAGCAUUUACCAAAAUCAAAACAAAAACCUCUCAAAAACUCACAUGAAACCGAGAUUCGUUUGCCAAAUGAGAGGAGGAAAUGAUCAAUACACUUACUUAGCUACUUUAGAGAAUACAAAAAUCUAGACGAUAGGUGUUCGAAAUGUCUUGAGAAUAAAUUGGCCUAUCCGCUGCUGGGUUUAGGAGUAUCUGAGUAAACAACUAUACUUUUUUAUUAGAUUAAAUAAUGGUUUACCAAAUAGCUACAGCAACAAAAGAGAAGAACUAAAACCAGUUGUCAAUUGUGAGGAGUUUAUGUCGAAGCGGAACAAGCGUCCCAUUUUCCAUGGAAACGCAAUGGAUCGAACGACACACUAGAAGCAAAGUAUUAAUCGUGUAAGACUCUUUCUAUUUCACUUUUUUAUCUCUGUAAGACACUUCAUGUUCUGCCAACCGAUAUAAUCUCCCCUGACUAGCACGCUCCUUUCACACACUCGAACGGUAGUGAACGAUAUGUGAAUCGUCGUCCUAUGCAGAAAAGCAUCAAACCACAGACGAGAAAGCUACCAUCUAGCGUUAAGACAAUUUAAUAUCGUGUAUUUCCAUUAGGAUCCAUCGUGCACCCCUUUUUCUAAACAAAGCCUCCAUUUACCAUUGCGAGUGUAAGUGUUAUUUGUGAGAUCAACUGUUUACUGUAUUAGAUAGUAAGUCCGGAUUUCGAUUGUUACGCAAUGUCUGGCAAAAAUAAAAUCGGAUGGAAGAUCGAUAGUUCUGGGACUGCAAGAUUGUGGACUGUUUUUAUUAACCACCAAAUUAGGUAGCGCUGCUAUUAAGGUCAUUUUGCGAGCAGUAUGGUGUAGCAGGGGACGGAUAGCCUUUAGGCUGCAAAAUAUUUUGCUCUUUUUAGAUAGAACAUACAACAGUCCUAACGGGGGAAAAAUUCGGUAAAAAUGAUCGUGUAGGUUGGAAGGUUAAAGGUCACAUUGGUCACACAGGAGUUAAAGCAGGACCAGUCCUUACGGAAAAGCACAGGACAACUGAAACUGGGGAAGUAGUUUCGAAAACAGAGAGCCAACAUUAACGUGAGUCAAAAUUUCCAAUUCGUACUUGAUGGUUUCAAAAAUAAACGGGGCUAAACAAAUGAGACUAAAAAAAGGAAGAACGAAGAAAAACAAGUAAAAUGCAAAGGCACUGGUCCUGGUUGGUGUGGCGUCAAUGAAACUAAAACACAUUUUUGGUAAAGUAAAACAAACAAAAACAAACAAGAUAAAUUGUAAUUGUCAGACUGGUAGGAAAGCAUAACGAUAACAGUACAAACAAGUUUGCAGCAUAUACAAGAGGAGGACACAGCACAGAAGAAAUCAUUUCUUUAGCAAAAACUUAUUUACCACAAGAACAUUGAUGUUGAUCGUGUCGAGCGAUCACGAUACUUAUCACUAUACAUAGACAGUAUACAAAAAAUAAAUAAAUAAAUGAAACACAUUUCAAAACAUCUUUUCGUUUACCAUAAUGGACGUUAUUUUGUGCUAUUAGCGAUAACAUAACAUAGACAGUUUCAAAGAGUCACUUUCUUAGGGCAGGCGGUAGAUGUGGAAGAUCAUACCAGAUCUGCGUGGUGUUCCUUUCACCGCCUAACUCCCUAUCAUUGAUGCAGAGACAGCUUGAAAGAGAAAAAAGAGAGAGAAAGAGAGAGAGAGAGAGAGAGAGAGAGAGCAAAAGAGAGAAAGAGUAUCAGUAUCUUUCCCAUACUUACCUUUAAGCAAGUUAGAUGUGAAGAAAUAUAGAGAGAUAUCCAUGAACCAUUACACAAAAUCUCUCCUAUUUACUACAAUUUACUGGCAUGCUCUUUCGCCUCCCACUAAGAAUAAUGUUUAAGAGACGCAGUAGGAUAGGAAGCGACAAAAUCAAUCUGUAAAUUGUAUUAGCUACCACGCUGCGCACGGUACGCGUGCAGUGUGGUGCGUACGAGUACAGAAACGAAUUCUGAAUCCGUGGGAGAUAAACAUUGAUAGAGAAGUCCAAAACUUGGAGAUGAAUGGAACAAAGUUCAUUGUAUCGUGGUUGUAAGCUCUUGCUCUUAAAAAGAAAACGAAAAAGUAUUACGAAUAAAUCACUCAAAGAGAAA